AUGCCUAGAUUUGCCCUAUCUGUCCCACAACUUUCAAUGAUAAGCAACCUUGCUAUGAACUUUGUUUAUGAUCGUUGGGGUCGUUUACUUCAAACAUUUGAACAAGAAUGGCUUUCACCUGCAAACUUACAACAAUAUGCCCACACAAUUCAUGAUCAUGGUGCACCUUUACCAAAUUGCUGGGGAUUCAUAGAUGGUACUGUAAGGAGAGUUUGCCGACCAGGUCAACACCAAAGAGUAUUAUACAAUGGCCAUAAAAAGGUACAUGCCAUAAAAUUCCAAUCUGUCGUAGCACCUAAUGGAAUGUGUGCUAAUCUUUAUGGCCCUGUAGAAGGAAAACGCCAUGAUAGUACCAUGCUUGCAAGAUCACGAUUAUUAGAAUCGCUUCAACAACAUUCAAGGGCACCUGAUGGUUCUAUUCUUUGUAUUUACGGUGAUCCCGCAUACCCCUUACGUCUGCAACUCCAGGCUCCAUUCAGAGGAGCACAAGUGAACGAACAACAAAAGAACUGGAACAAGGCUAUGAGUGCUGUUCGUUGUUCUGUUGAAUGGGUGUUUGGUGAUAUUCUGAACUAUUUUAAGUUUUUGGACUUUCACAAAAAUCUGAAGAUUCAAUUAAGUGCUGUGGGGAAAAUGUACAUUGUGUGUGUUCUAUUACAGAAUUCAAGGUCUUGUUUCUAUGGCUCAACCACAUCUAACUAUUUUGAGUGUCCUCCACCAUUAAUUCAAGAAUACUUCAGCUGA